AUGUCAAAUCUAAUAACACCUAUAAUUUCGACCAUUAGGUCAAGGACAGGUGAACAUGUUCAUACUAUUCUCUCUAAUAAAUCCGAACUAAGAGCAAUCACCAUAGAUCCAAGUAAAGCUCACGACGAAGAUGACUUAUUGGCAGAAAUAGGUUAUAAGCAAGAAUUAAACCGUAACUAUUCUACAAUUCAAAUUUUCGGUAUUGCUUUCUCAAUUAUGGGUCUUCUUCCUUCAAUUUCGUCAACUAUAGCUGUUGGUCUUGAAAUUGGUCCUGUUGGUUUGGUUUGGGGUUGGUUAUGUUCCAGUUGUUUUAUUCUUUGUGUUGGUACUUCAAUGUCUAUUUUAUCAUCUUCUCUUCCAACCCUGGGUGGUUUAUACUACUGGACUAAUUAUUAUGCCCCAGCGCUGCUUAGAGUCCCUUUGAGUUUUAUGAUUGGAUGUAUCAAUGCUCUUGGUUUAAUCGGUGGAUGUUGUUCCAUUAAUUAUGGUUUUGCCUCUGAACUUCUUUCUGCAGUUUACAUCAACAAAGAUGGUGAUUUCACCAUCACAGACCCCAUCAAGUAUGGUGUCUUUUCUGCUACAUGUGUCUCUCAUGUUUUCUUAUGUUGUGCAGCCUCCAAACAAACUGCUUGGUUACAAGCGUUCUCCAUCUACGUUAAUGUUUUCAUUAUUAUUUUGUUUUUAAUUGCAGUUCCCAUUGGCGCUUCAAGAAAUGCAGGCUUCAAUGAUGCCAAGUUUAUCUUUGGUGAACUCUCCAACGUUAGAACGUGGUCUCCAGGUUGGUCUUUUAUGCUUUCCUGGAUGCCAGCUAUCUGGACCAUUGGAGCAUUUGACUCUUGUGUCCAUAUGUCCGAAGAAGCCCGUAACGCUACUAGAGGUGUCCCAAUUGGUAUCAUUGGGUCCAUCAGUGUUUGCGGUAUUUUGGGUUGGAUCAUUUGUAUUGUCGCUUGUGCUGUCAUUAAAGAUGGUGAUGUUGAAGCAGUUUUGAGUUCUGACUCUGGUCAAGUUAUGGCGCAAAUUAUUUAUGAUACUUUGGGUAAAAACUGGGCUGUUGCAUUCAUGUCUCUAAUUGCCUUUGCUCAAUAUCUUAUGGGUGCUUCUAUUUUGACUGCUGCAUCUAGACAAAUUUGGGCUUUUGCAAGAGAUGAUGGUUUGCCAUUCCACAAUUUCGUAAAAGUUGUUAAUCCUACUCUUAAGGUCCCCUUGAGAGCUAUCAUUUUUGGAGGUGCUGCAUCUUUGAUUUGUGGAUUGUUGAUCUUGAUUGGACCAGUUGCUGCAAACGCUCUUUUCUCCUUGGCUAUUUCAAGUUCAUUGUCUUGGGCCACACCUGUAUUAUUAGUUUUGUUGCCUGAAGGACGCUCCCGUUUUAAGCCGGGUUAUUUUUACUUGGGUGAUGUCUUGACUACCAUCAUUCAUAUUAUAACUGUACUGUGGAUUGCAUAUGUUAUUGUGAUGCUGAUGUUCCCAGAUGGAAUUUCAGUGGACAAGGAAACUAUGAACUAUACCUGUGUUAUUAACGUGGGUGUCUGGAUACUCUCGUUGAUUUAUUACUACACAUAUGGCUAUAAGGUUUACCAUGGGCCUAAGUCCAAUAUUGAGGAAUCUAAUUCCAGUCUUGAAGACGAAAAGAUAGAUCAAGUGUUAGAAGGAAAGCAGUAA